GCCAGUGUUCCGAAUAUAGAAUUUGACAAUUUCAAAUGAAAGAUUGUCAAAUAGUCGAAUGAUAUGUUUGUUGGCUUUUACUGAAGAAGCUUAUAAAUCUGUGUGAAGGCAUGUCAUUGGUUCCAAUGGCUAAGAAGGUAAUUUCUCCACAGCAAAAAUCACUCUUGAUUUCAUACCUGGAAGAGCAUCCACAAUUAGUGAAACAAAAACAAGGAAAUCAGCAUACCAAUGCCGACGCAACAAAGUUAUGGCAGGAGCUAAGUGGAAAAUUAAAUUCUAUUCCAGGGGCCAUGAAAGGAUGGAAAGAAUGGAGAAAGACUUGGAGUGAUCUGAAAACCCGAACAAAGAAAAAAGUUUCGGAGAACAAGAAAGAGCAUAAUAAAACAGGUGGAGGGCCUCACACAGGCGACAUAAUCGAUGCAGAGGAUGACAAAAUUUUGGACAUCAUUGGAGGAGAUAUUUUAAUUACUGGUCUUGAUGCUCCUGAGGUGGGGCUACCUUUACCAGAAAAUAAAAAUUUUGAUAUAAGUAAAUGGGAUUACUUAAAAAACACCCAAGAAAGUGAAGAAAAUGAAGACAUGGUUGUAAUGGCUAACAAAAGACCAUCAACAUCAAAAGGACCCUUUAUUUCGACAGUUAGACCUCCUGUGAAGGCAUGUGGCACAUCAAGGAAUCGCCCUAGGCAGGCCACCAAUAGGGCUGCUUUUGAUUUAGUUAAAGCUACAGAAGCAACUAAUACAAUUCAUGAGAAAUAUUAUGCUCGUAAACUAGAAAUAAUGGAAGAAAGCCUCCAAAUACAGAAGAAACAUCUUGAAAUCCAACAAAGGAUUGCAGAUGGACUAGAAAGGUUUUUGGAGAUAAAAAAGCUAGAGUGAGUGUAUUGUCUCAAAUAAUAAGUUUUGUUAUGUUCCUGAACGUAUCUUAGGUUAGAAGGAUAAUAACGCUUAAGGUCAAUGGUGUAUUUCCCGAGGGCCUCUGGACCAAGGGAUAUACGUUGACGGAAAGCGUUAUUAUCUUUAAUAGGUAUGUUAUGUCAACUGUUGUCUUUUUUUAAUGUUUAAUGGCAGUGGCGGCUCGUGGUAUAACAUAUUGGGGGUGCACAUAAUUUGUAAUUCAUAAUAAAUGCCGAAAGGGGGAUGCCCGUUGUUUUGCUGGCGCAUUUGGCCACUAAUUUUUUAAAUUAAUACUUUACAGGUAGAAUGUUAAAAUUUGAAGAAUGAUAAAAUUAAAUUUAAAGUUGUUUGAUAUUAAUUUGGGAGUGCACGUGCACAUGUGCUCUUAUGGAGGAACCGCCACUGUUUAAUGGGCAAUCAAAUAGUAUCUAUAAUUAUUUAAUGUUUGUUACUUAUAGGAAGUUAAGUACCUACUUAUUUUGUUAUUUGAGGUUUAUUAUUAAAAACAAAAAC